UAAUCUCCUUCUAGACUCGAAUACCAACCCAAGACUCGCGAGAUCGGACGAGGGGAUAAGUUAAGGAAACAUGGCGAUGUCUAAUUUGUUAAAGAACAAAGGGUCCCUCCAAUUUGAGGACAAGUGGGAUUUGAUGCGCCCAAUUGUCCUGAAGUUGCUUCGCCAAGAGUCUGUCACCAAGCAGCAGUGGUUUGAUCUGUUCUCAGAUGUUCAUGCUGUCUGCUUAUGGGAUGACAAAGGUCCAGCAAAGAUCCAUCAGGCACUAAAGGAGGACAUCUUAGAAUUUAUCAAGCAAGCUCAGGCGCGAGUCCUUAGUCACCAAGAUGACACAGCGCUUCUCAAAGCUUACAUCGUGGAGUGGAGGAAGUUUUUCACGCAGUGUGACAUCCUCCCCAAACCAUUUUGCCAGCUGGAGAUCACCUUGAUGGGCAAACAGGGCAGUAACAAAAAGUCUAAUGUGGAGGACAGUAUAGUUCGUAAGUUGAUGUUGGACACCUGGAAUGAAUCAAUCUUCUCCAACAUCAAGAACAGGUUGCAGGAUAGCGCGAUGAAAUUGGUCCAUGCUGAAAGGCUCGGAGAAGCCUUUGACUCUCAGCUGGUCAUCGGGGUGCGAGAAUCCUAUGUGAAUCUUUGUUCCAACCCUGAGGAUAAACUGCAGAUCUACAGGGAUAACUUUGAAAAGGCCUACCUGGACUCCACCGAGAGGUUCUACAGGACGCAGGCUCCCUCCUACUUGCAGCAGAAUGGAGUACAGAACUACAUGAAAUAUGCAGACGCUAAAUUAAGGGAGGAGGAGAAACGUGCACUACGGUAUUUAGAGACACGACGUGAAUGUAACUCUGUCCAAGCACUUAUGGAAUGUUGUGUGAAUGCUCUAGUGACGUCUUUCAAAGAGACAAUCUUGGCAGAGUGUCCAGGCAUGAUCAAAAGGAAUGAAACUGACAAACUGCACUUGAUGUUCUCCCUCAUGGAUAAGGUGCCCAAUGGUAUAGAGCCCAUGCUGAAAGACCUGGAAGAGCAUAUCAUUAAUGAUGGACUCGCCGAUAUGGUAGCGGCUGCUGAGACCAUCACAACCGACUCUGAGAAGUAUGUGGAGCAACUUCUCACUCUGUUCAAUCGCUUCAGUAAAUUAGUGAAGGAGGCGUUCCAGGACGACCCACGGUUCCUGACUGCCAGAGACAAAGCUUACAAAGCAGUGGUGAACGAUGCCACAAUAUUUAAGCUGGAGCUUCCAAUGAAACAGAAAGGAGUGGGUCUCAAAACACAGCCGGAGUCAAAGUGUCCAGAGCUGCUGGCCAACUACUGUGACAUGUUGCUAAGAAAGACUCCUCUCAGCAAAAAACUCACCUCGGAGGAGAUAGAGCUGAAGUUAAAAGAAGUGUUACUGGUACUGAAGUAUGUUCAGAAUAAGGAUGUGUUCAUGCGCUAUCACAAAGCCCACCUGACAAGGCGUCUUAUCCUGGACAUCUCGGCCGACAGUGAGAUAGAGGAGAACAUGGUGGAAUGGCUCAGGGAGGUGGGUAUGCCUGCUGACUAUGUGAACAAGCUGGCUAGAAUGUUCCAGGACAUUAAGGUUUCUGAGGAUCUCAACCAAGUCUUCAAGGAAAUGCACAAACACAACAAACUUGCUUUACCAGCCGACUCCGUCAACAUUAAGAUCCUGAAUGCUGGUGCGUGGUCGCGGAGCUCGGAGAAAGUCUUUGUGUCUCUGCCCACUGAGCUAGAGGAUCUGAUCCCUGAGGUGGAGGACUUUUACAAGAAGAACCACAGUGGCAGGAAGCUCCACUGGCACCACCUUAUGUCCAACGGCAUUAUCACUUUCAAGAAUGAAGUGGGACAGUAUGACUUGGAGGUCACGACCUUCCAGUUGGCUGUUCUCUUUGCUUGGAACCAAAGACCUCGCGAAAAGAUCAGCUUUGAGAACCUGAAGCUGGCCACCGAGCUGCCUGAUGCGGAGCUGAGACGGACGCUCUGGUCGCUUGUUGCCUUCCCAAAGCUCAAACGCCAGGUCCUGUCUUACGAGCCGCAAGUGGGCUCUCCUAAAGACUUCACAGACGGCACAUUGUUCUUCGUCAAUCAGGAGUUCUCCUUGAUAAAAAACUCCAAGGUCCAGAAGAGGGGGAAGAUAAAUCUGAUUGGUCGCCUACAGCUCACUACAGAGCGAAUGAGAGAAGAGGAAAAUGAAGGCAUUGUUCAGCUUAGAAUAUUAAGAACACAGGAGGCUAUCAUUCAGAUUAUGAAGAUGCGUAAAAAGAUAACUAAUGCCCAACUGCAGACAGAGCUGGUGGAGAUCCUGAAGAACAUGUUCCUCCCACAGAAGAAAAUGAUCAAAGAGCAGAUCGAGUGGCUUAUCGAACACAAGUACAUCAAGAGAGACGAAUCAGACAUUAACACCUUUAUCUACAUGGCGUAGCACCCAGACCAUGCCGGAGACAAAAAAAAUGAUUCUGGAGAUGUCGAUGAAGAUGACCACAAUGUUUCUGAUGAAGAUCAGCAGUAGGAGAGUAAACGCUGAUGUCUCACAGACGCAGCCUUUGACUGCUGAGCUUCUAAUGCCGAUAUGGGCUUGUUUCAAGACUUGACUGUCAAAUGUCAGAAUAGCUAAUUUAAAAAAAAAACGAAAAAAAAAAAACCAAUAAAAAAAACCAAACAAACAAAAAAAUUAUCCCUGCCUUACCUUUCGGCAAAGAAGAAUCAUGAGAUGAGGAUGGGAGAUCUUAA